GAUAUUGGCCGGGUUAAAUUUGGAAACUGUGGCUUUCAGGAAUUUGCUGACAUUACCGACCCGCACGACGCUGUUGACAACUUGACAUCUCCGUCUUGUUUCACCAUCACCUUAAACGACUGCGUGCUACGCUGGGCCGUAGGCCUCGAUAUCAAUGGAUGACCUUCACCAGCGCAUCACCCCACGCGGUUAUGGGACCAAUUACACCUAUGUCUACGAAUAUUCAAGAGGUCUGAAUGGCGUCGACGUACCGCGGGAUGUUCUAUUUUCACGAAUCAUCUUCUCGUCGAUGAUAUUCGUCGCCCUGGUCGUCUUUUGUGGUCGUAUCGCGCAGAUCAGCCAUGCCUAUCUUCGUCAAAUUACUUCUUUGAUGGCAAGUAGGAGAGAGCAAACCUUCUGGAGCGUUGAAGUAUCUUCCCUCUGGGCAAACGUCAAGAAGCAUCUGUUGUAUGCGCCUUUAGGCAGCAAGCGGCAUAAUCGAGAGAUCCAGCUCUCAUCCGCCAUCAACGUGGGCACGCUGCCUUCCAGAUUCCAGGUCAUCUUGAUCGGGCUGUACUUUGCGAGUCAAGUGGCAUAUUGUGUCCUAUUGGAUUACAAUGCGAACGUCAAGGCAGCCCUGGUCGCUGAACUUCGCGGACGAUCAGGAACGUUGGCCGUGUUGAAUAUGGUUCCCCUCUUUCUUCUCGCCGGCCGCAACAAUCCAUUGAUUCCCCUGUUACACGUGAGUUUCGACACUUACAAUCUUCUUCAUCGGUGGCUGGGUCGCAUUGUUGUGCUUGAAAGUGUCGUGCACACAGCCGCCUGGGCAGUGAACGCAUGCGAUGAGGUUAGCUUCUCCAACAUGCUUGAGCGCUUACGCACCACCCCAUUUUUUACCUGGGGAUUACUGGGAACAUGCUCGAUGAUCACACUCGGUCUCCACUCGCCAUCUCCGAUCCGACAUGCUUUUUAUGAGACCUUUCUGCACCUGCACCAACUCGCUGCCUUUUUGGCUUAUCUUGGGGUCCUGAUGCACUUGGACUUGGACAAUCUGCCUCAGAAACCGUGGAUCAUUGCACUUGGUCUGCUGUGGGUCUUGGAGAGAACAGCUCGCCUCUGCCGACUGUUGCACUUAAAUAUCUCCCCCCGGAAAGGAUCUACGCGGCUUGUUGUUGAGGCUCUUCCUGGUGAGGCCUGCAGGGUGACUUUCCACUUGCCCAGGCGCGUGAACAUCAGCCCCGGCAGCCAUGUAUUCGCCUACAUCCCGAGUGUCUCCUACUGGAUGUCCCAUCCGUUCUCUGUCGCCUGGGUAGAGCCAAGCAAUGCCGUGACUCCCCCUGCCACAGCAGAGAAAGACCUGGACCCAUCGCUUCUCGAGAAGCAGCCCAUGUCAGGUCUGGAUGAUUAUAUGCGAAACAUCCAAGAGCCGACGUCCGUUUCCCUCAUCGUCGGUGCUCAAAAAGGCAUGACGCGAAAGUUAUACAACAAAGCGUUGGCCUCUCCCGGACAAACACUCUACACAACAGGGCUUAUUGAAGGGCCGUAUGCGUCCCACGCGUGCAACAUGGGCAGCUACGGUACGGCGGUGCUCUUCUCAGCUGGUGCCGGCAUUACGCAUCAUAUGCUAUUCGUCCGCGAUUUGCUCAUCCGCUCGUCGGAAGGUCGCGUAGCCACGCAGAAGAUCUAUCUCAUUUGGUCCGUACGCAGUACGGAACAUCUGGCCUGGGUGCGAGAGUGGAUGGACCAGAUCCUCCGGCUCCCAUCACGGCGUGAGAUUCUCACCAUCAAACUCUUCGUGUCGAAGCCAAAAAGCAGUCGUGAGAUCGUAUCGCCUAGCGCUACGGUGCAGAUGUUCCCGGGUCGGUGUCGUCCUGACGUGGUUCUCAACGAAGUCAUUCCCCGGCGUGUCGGUGCCACCAUCGUCUCCGUCUGUGGGCCGGGCGCAUUUGCAGAUGAGGUACGUGCAGCAGCACGUAAUAACAUCGGCAAGGGCGCCGUUGUCGAUUUUGCCGAAGAAGCCUUUACCUGGUAGUGCCAUAAUUUUCCACCCCUUGGAACCUAUCUUGCCCUCCCUUUUCCCUUCUUGUUUAAAAUUUCUCUUCUUACUUUCGUUUAUUUCCAUUCCAAAUGUACAUCUAGUUUUCCCUCUAU